AUGCCGCAGAGCCGCGAACUCACUAACAAGAAGAACGAGCACAAGGAUCGUCAACAACGUGGUCCUAUUGGCACGGGAGUAGGCGGCCCGAAGAAAGGCGGUGCUGGGGCGCAUAACUGGGGCACCUUGACGGCUCCAGCUAGGGAAGAUGAAGCUAUUCCUGUGGACCGCAAUGAUCCGAAUUAUGUCAGUUCACUAGACCAUUAG